GCCUUCUACAUUUUCAAUAAAAAAAAACAAAUUGGAUUCGCCCAAACUAAACUAGCUCUGAUUCUGCUGCUGAAUGCAGCGUUCAUUUCAAAGCAAGCAGUCCACACACUACGCCCAAAGUAAAAGACAUUUCUAGUUGCAAAGGUUUAUUCAAACCAGACACAUCUUCAGAAACAAAAACUAACAGAGUCAUGGACAAUUUUUCUACUUUUUUGUGUCUUCUGGGCAUCGCUUGUGGCUUGGCUUUAUUCCACCAUGGCUAUGCUUCCAAUAAAAUCUGUGACAAAAAUGAAAGCUUAGAAUCAUGUUUAGCAGAAAAUCCUCUUGAUGACAUGGACAAAUUUAAUUGCUCAGAGCAUCUAGCCAGGUGCAUUUGCUAUAAUGCAGUAGACAUGCGUGGUGCAAAUAGAACUUAUUACUGCAGCCAAAUGGACAGAAAAGAAGAAUGUUAUAGCAUGGCGAUUGAUAGAUGUCCUGGUACGCAUGAUGAACCACUAUUCAACUAUGUUUAUAAUGAUUCUAUUACUCUAUAUGCAAAGUUUUGUGUGAAUAGUGUUAAUCAAACAGCCAAUAUUUCCCUGGUUUGAAGUCAGGAAACAUUAAUUCUAUCCAAUACCUGUGUCAAUGUAAACGUUUUGAAAAUAAAUUUCAUUUCAAACUAGA